CCCCUCCCGACGGGGCCUCGUACGACGGCCGGCCCGCGCCGGGCCGAUGCCCGCCCCCCGUGCGCGAUGCUGCGGGGUCGAGCGGCCGGGCUGCCGGGCGCGCGGGGACUGCGGCGGGCCUCGCCUCGGAGGUGCGGUGUCGCGGCGGCGGACCAGGACCCGCAGGACUGCGCUGGAGCGUACGUGGUGAUCCACUCGGGCGCGAUCCUGAGGCAGGGCAGGGACGUGAGCUCCGCACAGACAGGCCAGCUGAGGUACGGCGAGGAGCUCACGGUGACAGACGUCUUCACCGACCGGGGGUGCGGGAAGGUCCGGGGCCUCGUCGACACCGCCGACGGGCUCCGCGGGUGGAUCACCCUGUACAGCCAGCGGGACGGGCACCGCUUCGCGCGCAGGGCGGAGCUCUACUGGCCCGACGCGGCCUCCGACGAUGCUCCAGGCUCGCCCGGGGCCGCUGGCGAGUCUGGGACCCCGGGCUCGCCGCCGCGGCCGCCGCGGAGGUCGCCCGACAGUGGCCGGGCCGCGCGGGCCCACGGGGCGCCCGCCGGCGAGGCCGAGCUGCACUCGGAGGUCGGGCCCCGCCACUGCCCGGCGGUGGCGCCGCAGCCGAAGGAGCAGCUGAUCUGCUCCGCGGCGCCUCCCGGGGGCAAGCCGGGGGCAGCCGUCGCGGACGCGCACGGCAUGCAGGAGCGUCGGCUGGCUGACGGCGUCUUCCUGAGGCAGGGUGCGCAGCCGAAGGGCUUCCUGUUCACGUACGAGGUCGUGAACAAGAAGCUCGGGAUCCUGCGCUUCACCUGCGACAUCAAGGGCUCCUCCAACAUGGUCUGGCAGCAGCGGUGGGACGGGCAGGACGGCAGCUCGUCGCAGGAGGUGACCGUCAAGGUGAACCCGGGGCACCAGGCGCUCCUGGGGACGGUCGGGUCCGCGCGCCCUGACCAGGGCAGCAGCUUGAAGCUCGGCUUCCGGUGGACGUUCGAGAACGUCAGCAGGGCCGAUGUGAGGGCCCAGACGGCGGAGCAGGACAAAGAGCGCCGGCGCGUCGCGGACAGGAUGGCCAAGGACGGCGUGGUGGCCUCGCGCGUGACGUCCGCGGAGGACGUGCGGAGGCGGUGCAGGCAGAUGGGCUCGAGCUGGGUCGACCCAGAGUUCUUCCCUGACGACCGCGCCCUGUUCAACGAUCCGGAGGACAAGAGCCAUCCCGCGGUGAUUUGGAAGCGCCCGAAGGAUUUCGUCGAGCCCGGGCAGAAGCCCGAGCUGUUCUCGGAUGGCGUCAGCCCGCUGGACAUCAAGCAGGGGGCGCUGGGCGAUUGCUGGUUCCUGGCGGCCUUGGCCGGGCUCGCGGAGUUCAAGGAGAGGGUCGAGCGCAUCUUCGGCGACCAGAGGUAUAAUGAGGAGGGUGUAUACGAGAUCCGCUGCUUCAAGAACGGCCUGCCAGUGACCAUAAUCGUAGAUGAUCUCUUCCCAUGCAGUCCGCUGACCGGCAAACCCUGCUACUCGCAUGCCGAUCACGAGCUCUGGGUUCCAGUGCUCGAGAAGGCCUGGGCCAAGCUCCAUGGCUCCUACGAGCAGAUCGAGGCAGGCCUCCCCUACCGGGCUCUCAUGGACAUGCUCGGCGCGGCCGGGAAGCACUUCUGCUUCAAGACUGGGGCCGAGGGGAUGAUCCCUGGCGGUACGUUUUUCCAGACGCUAUCCCAGUACGACGACAGAGGGUUCAUCAUGUGUGCAGGAACCCCGGGCGAGGACCACAUGACGAAGGCUGGCGGGGAGCGGCCCAAGGCGGGCCUCGUGCCCGGGCACGCCUACUCGCUCCUGGCGGUCAAGCAGGUCGGCAGCACGAGGCUCGUCUGCCUGCGCCUCGGAUCCAUGGGGCACGUUCGAGUGGGACGGUGA